GGCUCGGGAGAGGACGUCCCGUUCCGCACUUAGAUUCACAGUGUUUUUUUUUUUUCAAUUCUACACUCGUCUAACUUCCGUGGGAGGAGAAGUGUGUGUCGCGGAGAAAUUGUGUGGUGGCCUUCUUGUGUGUACGUCGGAACACGGAUCAACCGAUAACCGAAGAGCGCGCGCGGUGGCGUCAUGUGAGUGUGUGUCACGGCUAGUUUCCUUGCUAGCCGUUCUUGGACGAGUUGUUUUUUUUUUCGUUGGAGGAACUUUUCAACUUCUAAGCCUAGGACUACCAUUACACCGCUCGCUGACGUUUAUUAAAAAAUUAGACAGUGAAGAAGAAACACACGCCGCUCCACACCGAGCUAGUGCUGCUUCGGAAGUAUCCAGUUCCACGGAAGUGACUUGAAACUUAUUGCUUCAGAAGAUGGGAUUAAUUCGCGAGUUAUGCGUGAAUGCAGUGUGUUCUAAGAAGCGCCCUCGCCAGCGACCCGCACAGUAGGCUAUGCUAGCGAUCGUAAUUCAGAGACCUGCCAGCCGGUAACAACAAAUCUCCCGGUUUGCUUUGUUUGAGCCAACUUUUUCCCACCAAUAAAUUCCACCGUCGUUCACUGGCUGCAUCGUUCGGUUGUGCUGCUGAGAUUUAAACGUUAUACAAAAUCUUUUCAGUUUUUCCCUAAAUUUAAAAAAGCAACAAAACAAAAAGUCGUCAAUGUAAAAUGCCAUAAAAUUUGAAUUUUGAAUCUGAUUAAAAUAUACUAUAUUGAGCAAGUAAACAAAGGAAAAUUGCACGUUGAAAAAAAAAUAGGAAAGUUUAGAAGCAUCCAAUUUCUUCGAGUGAGUGGCAUACUUCAUUGCUACGGAAACAACAACAGCUCCGCAGCAGAAAAGAAACGAGUACAGUUUGUACAAGAAAAACCAAAUCACCACCAUCAUCGUUUAGUUUUUCACGAUUGAAAAAAAGGAAAACAGUAGAAGUAGGAGGAGUAGAAUUUCCAGCCAAUCGAGGAAUGCAAGUUUUGUUCUCAUUGAAACCAUCAUCGAUCAACCAAGAAAGUGCGUGAUUAGUAAUCGAACAGUAACAACAAAAGCAACAGCAGCAGCGGUAAAAACGAUCAAAUGCGACAGAAAAACGAGCAAAUGUGUUUGUUUCCUCCAAGCGUCGAUUAGUUGUUAGCUCCGCCCACUUCGAUUGGGAUUACGAGUGGACACUCCUCCUGAUGCUCCUCGAAAUAAUCGAAGAAAGAUCAUCAGUAAGGCCGAUUGGCAGAAGAAGAAGAAGAAGUAAAUUAACUAAAAGUGUUUGGAGAAAUUGAAAAUGUGCGUUAUUGCGUGUGAUGUUUUGUUCCGUUUUCGGCACUCUCGGUCAAACUGAACCAGAAAAGCACCAAAACAAGAAGAGGAAGAAAAAGGUUCACGUAUGUUUUUGUUUUCACUUCAAAACGCACACAGAUCGUCGGUACGAAACAUUCGCGUGAAAUGAGACAGGUUCAGUGACUUUUUUUUCUGUUGCGGCAAGUGACCAAGUACACACAUUGAAGUGAUCGCUUCGCAUGUUUGUUUGCGAAGCGAACAGCAGCCGAAAGUGAGCGAUCGAGUUCUGUGCGUGCGUGCGUGAGUUUCGCGAUCGUUAGUUUGCCAGCACGGUGGUGGAUUUUUUUUGUUUGGUUUCAUUGAAUUGACGGAUUUUUUUUUUCGUUCGGAUCAUAUCCUCGGACUGUAUUCGGAACUUGCUUGUGCGUGUGUGCGUGUUCGGGGCAUAAAAACCCGCACCGUGCGUUUUCGGGGUGAGCGUACAUCCGUGCUGGGUUCGGCGUUCGAUCGUGCGUCUCGUCCCCACCAAUCGGCGUAUCGUUCGCCAUAUCGUGUGCGUGCGGAGUCCGUGCGUGCUUGUGUGUGAGUGUUUCUAAGGCUGCAGGUGCGCUAAGCCGGGUUCAUUCUAGACGGCUUACAGAAACAAUAUCCAAACGAAUACGCCCGAACCUUUAUGGAGUGCUGGACGGGUGACGCCCGCUUGGCGAGAUUUUGCGAUUAAGCAGCGUAAGCUGUCACCGACAUGGGCAGUGAGCAUUACUGCUUGAGGUGGAACAAUCAUCAAUCCAACCUGUUAGGGGUGUUUAGCCAAUUGCUGCAGGACGAGAGUCUGGUGGACGUAACACUAGCUUGCUCAGAGGGCAUCUCCAUCCGAGCCCACAAGGUUGUUCUUUCGGCCUGUUCCUCGUACUUCCAGACACUCUUUCUUGACCAUCCCGCGCGGCAUCCGAUAGUGAUCCUGAAGGACGUCCGCUUCGCCGAGCUCCGCACGCUGGUCGACUUCAUGUACAAGGGCGAGGUGAAUGUCGAAUAUUGCCAGCUGUCGGCGCUGCUCAAAACCGCCGAAUCGCUAAAGGUCAAAGGUCUGGCAGAGAUGACCAACCAGAACACCGCCCUGGCCGAACCGAAACGCGAACCGGACCGUCUGAGGCCUCACAGCCAUAGCAGUGCCCACGCCACAGCCACCACCGCCGCCACCAGUCUGACCACCGCUUCCUCUCCGUCGUCAGCACUGGCAGCGACGACCGCCGGUAGUGCAACGGCCGUCUCUCCGCAUCACCAUCAACAUCCGCAUCAUCACACCUCGUUAGAUUCACCCACCAGCAAUGCUGCAACGGUGGCAGCAGUUGCCGCCUCCCUCGGCAUCACAGACCUGUCGACGAUAUCGAAAUCCCGAGGAUUGGACUCAGAUGGGCGAAGUCCCUCACCAACCCGAUUAGAUCCUCCCUCACCCACUCCACUAGCGCUAUAUCCACCCCUUAGGAAAAAUCGUGAUCACACUCACACAACCAGCGGUUCAGUAUCCUCAUCGGCAACUACGACCAUCACAACGGCAGCUGCAGAACGUCGUUCCUCCGAGGAACAGGAUCUUGCCGAGCGCAAAAGACCCCUGUCCAAUAACGGCAACGCCUUUAGCAGUAGUUUAAACUUGAACAGUCUGAGCAGCACCGCCGAAGGGCUUAGCCAAAACAACAAUGCCGGAACGAUCAAUGACAGUGGGAAACGGCGGACCAGAGAAGACGACGAUGAUGACGAUGACGACGAUGAAGACAAUGAGGAAAUCCGGAAUCAAAUGGCACAUGAACCGGGAACCACCAACAGCGAACAUGACCAACUAUUGCAUCAUUGUCCACGAUCCAGUCUAGAUGAUGACGGCCGACGCAGCAGAGCUACUAUCCACAAUAACAAUAACAUGAAUACAUCGGACGACGAGUACGAACCGCCGAUCAAGAUCAAAAGUGAAGCCGAAUUCUCCCCUCUCUCAGGACUGAACAUGACCAUCAACUCGCCUGCGUGCCUAGCAAACUCGACCAGCAUUGGCCUGGUGAACUCGUCUGCGGCUGGUCUCCUCGGUGAUCUGAGGCCCUCGUCGCGUGAUAGUGGCGGUGGUCGUGGCGGUGGCACUCCGGUGGCUUGCAGUUCGACAACUACGGUAAACAGUGCUGGCGUGGGAAUCGGUGGCGGCAACGGAAGUGCCCUUGGAAUAGAUCGAAGUUCGCCACGAUCGCAGCGGGAUCGAAAUGAGCGAAGUACGUUCGGUAGCGGCGAUAUCCCGAGUCCUCUGUCGGAGCCCAUCGCUGGACCAUCGGGGAUGGGCCCGGUGCAGCAGGUUCCUUUGUCACUGAAGAAAGAGAUCGACUGGGACCGGGGGGACGAUAAGUCGUCCGGUGACAGUUCCUUGGAUUUCCGGCACCCACACGAUUCGGAAGCAUCAGAACCGCACGCCGGCAGCGGUAGUGUCGUUGUCGGUGGUCUCUGUCCGAGCGUUCUCGGCGGGCCACCGCUGGGGCUGAGUAGUGGUGGUGUUGGUAGCGGUGCCAGUGGUCCGGAUCAGGUGCCCGGCGGUGGUCCUAGUUCGAUCUACCCGAUCUGUCCGUACUGUGGGGCUACGUUCCCCCACCAGAGCAAACUGACUCGGCACAUACUGUCACAUUCGCUGGAAACGCUCAAGUAUCGCGAAACAGCCCACCUGAUACACCCGUCGCAUCUGGCCCUGCUCCAGCAGCAACAUCACGAACUAACGCAACAGGCGCAGCACCAGCAGGCGGCAGCGGCUGCGGCGGCUGCCUCGUUAGUGCAAUCCCCGUCACCGUCACAGCACUAUGCACCCCACCGGACGGGGCCACCACUGGAUCAGCUCCUCGAGCCACCAGAUGGAGCGUCGCCGAUGGAACUCGAAUUUGCGGCCGCCGUUGCGGCGCAGGCCGCUGCCGUCGCUUCCGGUAAUGCGGCCGCCGCCGAUCAGGGCAACGUGGUGCUGUGUAAGUUCUGUGGUAAAAGUUUCCCCGACGUGUCUUCGCUCAUCACCCAUCUGCCGGUGCACACCGGAGACCGGCCGUUCAAGUGUGAGUUUUGCGGUAAGGCGUUCAAGCUGAGGCACCACAUGAAGGAUCACUGUCGGGUGCAUACAGGCGAGCGACCAUUUCGUUGCGGGAUGUGCGGCAAAACGUUCUCCCGCUCGACGAUCCUGAAGGCGCACGAAAAGACGCACUACCCCAAGUACGUGCGGAAAUUCCUCUCGCCGUCACCGAUCGAUGGGAAGGACGAAUCGCCCCAAUAGUGUGAAGAUCUGCAUCUGCUGAACUUCCUCCUGCUAUACAACCUGCAGCAUCAUUGUGAUAUGUACGGCUUCACCUGAACGGCCUCCCCAAACAUCCGAACACAAACACACACAAAACCAUGAGGUUUUGGACCUCGUUGAAAUAGAGAUGAAGAUACCCAACAAAAAAGCAGGACAGCAGCAGCAGCAGCAGUUGCAACAUCGUGGGAAGCGACGCACAGGGAGGAGUCCCCGUACACAAAAAAAACUUUAAACUUACACACACUUGUAAUCUACCAUACGGGACAACAAGAGAAGCUAUUACGAAACUAAUAACCAGACAUCCCCUAAAAAUAUGCCCCUUACACUGAAGUGGUAGAAAUCCUCUCGCCCCCCAACUCCUCAAGAUUGUUAGGAUGAACCACGCGAGUAAUGAAGCAAUAUAUAAAGAUUUAUUUUAUAUAAGCGAUAAUCUUUGAGGAAAGUUUAUACACAAAACCACACCACACACACACGUAUGUAAUUAAUAUUGGUGCUAUUUAUACCAAUAAAUUCUUAACAGGUAAGGCGCGAAUGAUACCGAACAAACAAUAGACACAGGUUCGGAUUUAAAAACACACACACACAAAGACGGACGCAAAAUUAAAAAAAAAAAAACAAACACGAGAGGAUGUCAGCUGACUGAUGUGUGUUCCGUCAAUUUCAAAUUCGAUGGAGGUAAUCGUUGACCCCCUAAAUUGAUAGUAAGAUAAAUCGGGCAAUUUGGCCGUGAAGCUGGCGAGGGCGCUCUCUGUGAAGGUUCCGCGGUGGACGAAUUUCGAGGUCGUUUUGUUUUUUGACGAUUUUGGUUGAGCGUUUUGGGACGAUAGCGAAGUCAUUGGGUUAGGAAGAAAUGGGUUUUUAUGUUUGUUUUCAACACUAUAAUUGCGGCUGUACACCACGGUAAUUUAUUAACGAGUUUCCCACGUUUAAUUUAAUUUGAUUAAUUAAAUUCUCACAGAGAAAUCAAGAUUUUUUGUAUGUUUGUAUUUAUACAUAAUUUAAUGCAGCAAGAUUUCUAUCUGUUUCAGAACUGUAGCUAAAGCUGAAAAAUUGAAGUCAUUUUCUAAUUUCUUUGCAAUAAAAACGAUAAAUAAUUUUUGACUUUUACAUACAGAAGUGCUACUAAAUCUCACAUAUGCAUUAUUGCAAUGACCUGUGUAAAAUUGAGAGACUCUCUCUAUCUCUUUAUUUACUUUCUUGUUCGAUUAUUACGACGUCACCAUAGAGCUUUCCAAUAAUGUUCCAGUGCAUACAGCGAUGCAAAAGAUGCAGACAUAACUAUAUUUUACAGACUUAUGACAGUCUCUCACACACCUGCUGCCAGAUCCAGAUAUCUACAGACUUUGUAAACAGUAAUGGACUGUUUAGCAAAAUUGUACUAGAAUGACUGUAUUCCGAACAUGAGUCAUUCCUUCAAAAUUAUAUUCUGUUUUCAAUAUACAAUGUUAUAAUGAAAAUAAGAUUUAUACAACCAGCUACGGACGUUAUGAAUAUUCCUUUACAGACAUUACACAAACAAUAUGGCACCACUGUUUCGAUAAGCUUUUAAACGUAAAUGCAAGUUACUAACGGAAGAGGAAAUAAACAAAGAGAGGCUCUCAUUUGCACAUAGUGCCAUUUCAAUAAAUUUGUUUGAAAUGUUUUCUAGCAAACUUUUUCAAAUGAUCCUACGAGCAAAUAAGGCCUCUCUUUGAUUACGUCCUCUGUCGCUAAUAUCUUGGUAGUAUAUACGUUUACAGCUAAACUCUUUGCAUAAUAUGCUAAUCGAAAUCAAAGUCCUUCGAUAUGUACGGAAACAUACUGCAAAGUUUUAUGGUGGUUUUAUUUGCUAGCUAUAACCGAAUUACCAUUCAAUUCUCUUAUAAAUUCUAUUAAUCCAACUCCAUUGCUACGAAGCCAAAACGACCCAAAACUGUUGCGAAACAAGGAUCCCGAAACCGUCCUUAAAAACUGGUGCAGAGAGCCUCCUCGGGAAUCACAUAUACAUAAUUAAUUGAGAAAAGACAUCUGUGAUCUUAUUGAAUAUUAAUUAAUUGAGUUAGUUAUUAAUUAUUGUCUACCCAAGAAGGCCGAAUGCAAACUGCAGAAGUAAGCAAACAUAACAAACACAGCAGUAAACUGGAGACAAGUGUGGGUACUCUCCUCGUAUGCGACCAGCAAUAGCAAAUCUUGUAUGAUUUAAGGUGUACUCAAGAUUUUUCCUCACUAUUUUUUUCCUGGCAAACGCGUGUGACCAUAACAAUUUUCCCAAUUUGUACUCGCAUUAUUCAUCCUCUUUUAGUGUUUUGUUUUACUGCUGUGCACAGCACCGAAGCAAAUUUAAACAUAGUUUUCUUGUUAUCAUUUUAAGACAGAUUUUUCAUAUACUUUUAGUUUCAACAGUCAACAGCAGUUGAAGAACAUAUUUUUGUAUCACCUACCUACUGGAACAGAGGCAAAACCAUGCCACCAUAGACAGGAAAAACAAAAACAAACAAACGAACGAUCCGAGACAGACGGGUUUCGAUAAUUCGGUUAGAUGUGAGAAAGCGAAGAAGCAUUACGUUCCUUAUUAUCUUUAAAGUGUUUAGUUUUAGUGAUUGAAAAUUACCCCUUUAGUACGGUUAUUUGAGUAAGAAGAAGCGGAAAGCGAAGCAUACUAUUUAACGAAGCAAAAGUGUAAAUUUACUUUCGAGUAGCUGCUCCAAAAACUUUUAGAGAGGACGUAAAAGUUUAUUAAACAAAAUAUCAAAUAUCCCGAAACAUGAUACUGUUCUUUCGAAAGUAAGCUACAUUAAGCAAAGUAAAAAGUAACAAUUUAGAACUAAAACAAAACAGCACACCCUGUAGUCAGCGUGCAUGAUGAGAUAGUAGAAAUUUAGGCGAAAUUAACUCUAGUUGCAUAUCAUAAGAAAAGUAAUCACAAUUACAAUAAAAAAAAACAAACACUCAUUCGAUUAUUUCCGCACUGGGAAGCAACUCCAGGCCAGAUACUAUUCUAGUUCGGAAAUUACUUGUAUAUUUUGGGUUAAGAUUUUUAGGCAAACUCACACCCCCCUUCGAAGGUGGAGGAGAUAAUCAAAAUUGACUGUUUCGGCCCCCCACUCUCACCCGCGUAUAGAAAAGACUGUUCGAAAGUCAUAUUUAGUAACGGAAACCAAAGUUCAAAAUUAUCGUUUCGGCAAAACCGUGUUGUGAUAUGGAGAGAUGAAAAAAAAAACAAAAAAGCCUAGUUCAAAUUUACGUUGUUAAGUUAGGGAGAUUGAUUCUUUUCUAGUAUUUGUUGAGUAAGAUUAGUUAAAAAAUAUUGGCGACUUUUUAACACACAAAACCAUGCAAAAAAAAAACAAAUGGGAAAAAACUAUGACGGGAAAAGGCUAGUUUCUGAAAAGAUUAUUUCUGUUGCGUAACUAUUGGCUGUGAUUAAAAUGAACAAUUUACGUUUUAACUUGAGUGAAGAAAAAACCAAUACAUCAAAAAACGAGUAAUAUUAAGUAACUUAAUUAUAGGACGAUUGGCACGCACUUGUUUCGAACUUCAUGGAUCUCAAAAUUCGAUGUGAUUACGUUUUAGCUAUUUAGCCACUCAAACUACAUUAUUUUCGGCAAAUUUUGGUACAAAAAAAAAUUAAACUAUUUUAGGCUUAAACAAAAAACCAAACAUUCAAAAUUUACACCGUAAUUGAGUUAUUUAAUAUCGCCAUCAGGCGUUCCCGAGCAUGUGUGUACUACUACAUUGCAUUUUGGUGUUAAAAAAACGCACAACCACGCAACGCGUAGUUCUCCUCCACUUUGAAUCUUUAGAAUGCUGUAAUUUAGGCAAGCCACGAAGGCAAAAUUCUCAAUUUGGGUUGGCAAGGGAAAACAAAUGCUAGCGAAAUCGAAAAGCGGUCGAUCAAUUUCACCAUACAUUCCACAGUUUGAUAGGGUCUACUUGUAAACACACAUAGACACGGACACACACACACAAACACACAUGGGCACGUAUGCGUGGACAGAUGUACUUUGAUUUAAACAAAGAUUGAAAUUGGGGUGCGGUCUAUGUAUAAGACUAUUUUUGGAAUUUUGGAUCAAACAAAAAAAAUGGUUGAGAUGCAAAUUGAUAUGAUAAAUUUUUUGACGAGAAUAUUAUUUCCAGGAAUGAAGAAUCCGUGUUUGAAAAAAAGUGCUUCGGUACAAAAGUAUACUCAAAUAUUUAGUGAGGCUUAGAGAGGCAUAGUAAGUCUUGCCUAGCUCUUCGAAAACACUGUUAUUCCCUAAUUCUGUUUUCGUAAUUUCAGCAGCAAAUGAAAACUUCGCGACUGUGUUUAUUUAAACCAUGCUCAUCAUUGUUAAACUUAAAGACGACGAACCUUUGUAUAAAGAUUCGAUACCGAGUUUUAUGCAAAUCAUAUCACACUCACACUACUUGUGGGUUUGUUUUCCUUCAGCUGUCUAUCAUACGUAAAACUGUCAUUCUCCUGUGCGCCAAGUUAAACAUAGAAUUACUCAGAAAGUAUUUAUAUUUUUGAAAUGCUCUGUGCUUCUGCAAGUUACUUCGGACACUACAAAUACAGGUCCAACAUAAAAAUAAUCAUACUAAUAUAGUUACACAUUAGAAAGUACUCUGUUUACCAUUUACCUGCGUUAACCACUCCGCCAUCGAGGAACUGUGAUGGUGUCAUCACAUAUUGCCAACAGUAUCGUGAUAAGAGGGAGAGGUGACGAUCUGCUUAUAGGAGACAUUGAGGGUCGAUGGGUCAAUUGGGAGGAAUUGGAGGCUGCGGCGGUGAUCACGAUAGUGUCGGGAAUAUGUGAUGACAUCAUCACCUGGUGGAAUGACCUCUUUUUUUACAAUGGAGAAGACGUUUAUGUACUAACCCAGUACACGUGCUAUUAGUAGGUGUCCAAGCUACCACACGGGGUAUACUGGGGGCGAGUCGGGCUCGAAUGGUGACGCUGCCAUUAAUACCGACUAAACUCCAUUGGGCUCCGCCAUCGUUCCCUCCAGAGAAUACCUCUCGGUAUUACUUCUGGGGGGAUGGCUGUACUUGAUGUACUCAUUCACUUUCACUCACGCGUUCAUACGUCCUGUAUGAGGCUUACUUGGGUGCUCUCUCUCUCGCACCUUGAUUCAAUCUCUAACACUCCACAUGAGGCUGACUUUUGUGCUCACCUUUUUCGUUCCUUGCGAGGCUGACUUGUGUGCUCACCUUACUCAUUCCUUGCUAGACUUACUUUUGUGCUCGCCUCUACCAUACCAUGUGAGGCUGACUUGGAUGAUCACCCUAUCACAUGGUUCACUCUCGAUCGUACCACUCAAUUAUACCCCUGUCGCUCCCCCUUGCAUCCCAUGUGGGACAUUUUUCUUAGGCCUCACUUCUGACAUACCAUGCGAGGCUGACUUGUGUGCUCACCUUUUUCAUUCCUUGCUAGGCUUACUUUUGUGCUAGCCUCUACCAUACCAGGUGAGGCUGACUUGUGCUCACCCUUAACAUACCGUGUGAGACUGACUUGGAUGCUCACCCUUUCACUCCUCUGCCACGCCACGAGGCAUCGAUAGCUAAGUCCCAACAUACUACGCUACGACCCUCCCAUCUUGGCAUGAGGCAGUCCACAUAUAUGCCUAUACACUCGCUCUUCUGCCUUGCUUCGGAGUGGCUGGGUUUACCCCUUACGCGGUUGCCAGUCGCUGCGCCAAACCUGCCUCAGCAUGGACAGACAAUUCACUCAGUUUUUUUUGCGCUCGGUGGAAUGACCUCUGAAACAUCAGAACAGCAAAGGUCCAAGGUUGCUGCCUUGGAACACACCUGACAUAUUGAUAAAACUGUACGAGUUAUUAUUCCCAAGCUUUACAAAACGACCGAUGAGAUGAUAUGAUAUGAUUUGAACCAUUCGGUAAAGUCAGAUGACAUUCCCAGUUGCUUAAUCUUUGAAAGCAGAAGGGAGUCAUCUUCACGGUAUACGGUAGCUUUGAGAUUCGUGUAUACUGUAUCUAUCUGGGAUCCUCCUAGAAUUUUGUUAAUGCAUACAAUAUAAAGCAAACUGAGCCAAAUUGGUUGGUUCUUGUUGAUCUACCUGAGAAGAAACCAUGGCGAUACUUUGACAUGUACUCUUUUGUUUAAUGGAACAGAACAUUUCCUGCUAGAAUCUCAAAGAACUUCGAUCAAGCUCAAAGGGAAGUUAUACCUCGAUAGUUUUCAACAUUUUGCAUAUCUCCUAUUUCAAAAAUGGGAAACACUGACUCGCGCAUCGCUUAAGAACAACAGAGAUGAUGCCAUAUGGCCCUGCCGAAGUUGAUAAUUUCAGCAUACUAAUAGCAGCUACAAUGUCUUCGUCGGAAAAUCUGUUUUUUAGCAAUACAUACUUGAUUUUAUUCAGUUUUUGUUUCAUAAUUGACUAGUAUAACCUGUCGGUAGAUGAAGCAUUGCUUCUAAUGGUACAGUGGGUGUUGAUAUCAAGGCGCCUGUGAUUGAAAGGAAGGUUAGCCCCUGAAAUUUAAUUAGUUUUGUUUGGACGGUCAUUUGAAUAAUUUUGGACUACCAUACAAUGGAGGAAGAUGUUAAUCGUUGUCUAGUAAUUGUAGUGUAGAAUCAAUAAACUAACAUCGGUUUGAGACCCUAGAUUUUCCCGAAGAGGUGAUCAGCGUCAAUAUCACAUCAUGCACGUCCAAAGUGCUGUUGUCGCUUUAUUGAUAUCCUAGAUCAUGUGCGAGUUCCAAUUCAGGUUUUUGUCUGGGAUGACACCUAGGUGUUUCGCUUCUUCUCCCUACUUAAUUGUAGUUCCACUGAGUUGGUGGAAGCAACAUCAGUUUUCUCCUGUUGGAAAACGGUACAAUGACUAUUUAUGCAGGAUUCACAUUGAAUCUGGGCUUGAGAGAACUAACUAACUAAAUCCGAUCACUUAAUACAGAUGUGUUUCCCCCUCGCUAUUAGUGCUAUAUCCACCGCGCUUCUUUCCUUCUAUCCCAAGCGAGUAAAAUAAUGUGGAAGCAGCGGAACCUGACGAUUUCUUGCAUUUCAGUAGUGGUGCUCCAAACAGUAUCCGUAUGUAAUACCAAAACGUACGCAGAUUAAAAACCAAAAUAGACGCAUUUUUCGUGGCUGGUUCGGAAGCUGAGUAUGACAUAAUAUUCCUAACGGGAGCCUGACUGAACCACCAGAUCUAUUCAGCGCAGCUAUUUGGACAUUGAUACGCCGUUUUAAAAAAUGAUAGAUUCCUUCUUCAGUCCUAGUCCAGCAUCCAUCGCCAACACAUUCAAACAGUUGUGGGUUGAUGGAGAUCGGCGAGUACCAAUAAAUACGUAGAAUUGUUGGGUUCAAUAUCAUCAUAUUUAACCCCCAUACUCCCACUAUUCCGUUCAGUGACUAUAACCAGCUCAAUCUGUAUUGGUUUCUCUGCUGUGCGCUUUUGGAUGUGUUUAACUUGUAUGGACUCUCUCAAAUGAACACGUUACUGAAUCGGAACGAAUGUCCGCUGGAUCUCGUACUCGCAAAUGACAUUGCUUUACCGAUCGCUGCAAUUUUCAUCGCUCAUCAAGUCCCUGAUUGAUCUUGAUGCUGAUCACCCAGUUCGCCAAUCGUACAUAAUUACCAUGUUUGCGCUAGCUCUCUAACACAAGUAGAGCACUUUAAGGAUCUUGGGGUCACUCUGGAUCGUGACAUGACUUUUAUACUUCACGAUGAUAUUCUACCAAAGGUAAACCGACAUUUGGAAUUUAUCUUCAAACUUGCAGUGGUGUUUCAAGAUCCUUUAUGCUUAAGAUUGUAUUGUAAACAAAUAUCUAACAAUCUCGAAACCCAUUGCGCCUAGGUCAUUGAGAAGAUCAUUCAUUACUAACAACAUAGAGGUGAUGGGACACAGUUAUUGUCGUAUUGUCGGUACUUGUUAAGCGAAGCAUUGGAUAAGUGCUCCCUUCGAAUGGUCUACUAAUUUUCUCCAUCAGUUGCAGGGGUGUUGAUGUCAAACUAAUAGGUCUACAUAUCGACCUUAGGCAGUGUCAUGUCUUUUUUUGCUUGUCUUUGGGACUAAUAUUACUCUAAGUUUUCUCCAUGAUGAUUAAUAAAUCCGGGAGAACUAUAGCUCGAUUUUUGUAGCAAAUAUUGCAAAGAAAUACUAUUAGUGCAGGGCGAUUUAUAAUGUUCGAUGGAGUUGAUAAACCAUUUAAUAAGUGUGGCCAUUGUGACGCCUUAAAACUGCAGUUAGGAUGGAGUUCAUCGCAACACUGACCUAUUGAAGCUUCGUUAAUCGAACCAGGAAAGUGGGUCAUUAGAACUUUCAGUGUUUCACCAUUGUCAGAGAUCCACCUCCAUCAUUUCUUCACUUCACAUUCGCGCGAUCCUUCGAAAAGGUUUUUUGAAGGUGAACUGCCUCUGGUAAGUUUCCCAAGUCAACGUUGUAUGUAGUACCUGUCCUGUGAUCAUAGUUACCAGUAAUUUUCGCUUUGUUGAACAGACGCCUAGCUUCCUUCCUAAGUGUUGCCAGCUUUUCGUCCCAGCACAAAACAUCGCGAAUGUAGGUUCAUUUCCCUUCUUGCAUUAAUUGACAUCACUUGACGAAAGGUACUGAAGAAGGUACUCACCUCUGCUAUUUAUGUCCGUGCUGCCCAUAUUGUAUGAGGUGUGUUGGCAUCCUUCAUCAUAUGAUGAAGGACUUGUUUAUGCUUCUGUAGUACUUCUUAUGAGCGCAUCGAUUUCGAAGGGUAAUGCUGUAUUCGAAUCGCCAAUGAAGUAAACAAAUGCGAUCACCAUCUCCUGCUUGCCCAUAGCGGUCGAUACUUCCGUUUUUGCAAUGACGUCUCGUUGAGUGAAUCCUGUAAUAUGAAUAAAUUUCAUAACUCCUUUUAUCAAAACAGCAGCGCUAGGAAUUGGCUGGUCUUCGGAAUAUACUAACUUCUGAGGUAAUGCCUUUAAACCAAAGAUUUUCUGUUUGUUGGCCGACGACUCUUGUAUUCGAGCGAUGCCUAGACGCUCGUUUAUGAACCUUCGGGAUGGGAAUGGAGCUUCCUUCAGUUGGAGCUUUCUGGGCUUCCCAAAAACUUAGUUCAGCUGGUUGUGCUGGGAGUUUAUCAGUUUUAAUUAAGCCACAUCUACCAUUAACAGGAGCUCUACCGUUUUAAGGACUGUGCUUUUUCACGACACUUCAGUGUUCUGCGCAGAAUUUGUCAUUCUGGUUCGGCACCAGAUUUUUUCUUUUGACCUGUCGAUGAUUACGGGAAAAUACCCAAUGUAUUGGAAUCGCCAUAACUUCAACAGCCUCUAACGUAGCGUCUUUCUGGGAGUUGAUCGCAGCUGUGGUGUCCUUUUUUGUUGUUUUUCUGUCCUAUUUGACAUUCGCUUCUUUGUUGGUGGUACUGGUUGUUGGCUUGGUGAUAUUGGGCAUAGUUGUUAUUGAGCGAAUAUUUGUUCCUACCAAUCCGUAAAUAUUAGGUUUGCAGCCGUCACUGGUUGUUUGGAUUCAGUCAGCUGGGCAGUAGUCAACGUUUAACGCUCCUAUUUUCGUUUCUAUACGUAUACCUAAAAAUGAAACAAAUCAAAUUAGCCAACUCGGUUCAUCUUACCCACACUAACAUUAGCCCGUUCCCCAAACAUACAGACCUUCAAACCUUCGCACUUAUUCACUAAUUUAUUAAAUUACCUGGGUUUCAUAAUAAAGAUUACCUUGCAGGUUUAGCCAAAAAAGGCUCAAUAGUCCAAUUGCAUGGGAAAGCCCAAAUUGAGAAAUUUAAUCAGUUUUCAAUAAUAUUUCAAAUGGGGUGGGCAAAGCGUCGUUGGUAAAUCGAUUACCUUGUACGCAGCUCACCUGGGUUCGAUUUACAACCCCACACAUAGGGUUACAGAUUUUUCCAAAAUAGAUUUCUCUAACCCGAAAAGAGGCGAAUAACCCUAAGGUUAAAACCUCUAUAAUCAAAAUUUAAAAAAAGAAUCAAGACAACGACAGUAAGCCAAAAUUUCAUUAGCAGAGAUUGUCUCUGGCAGCACUGCUCAAGCGGAACCCAUUGAUAACAGCAGAACACAUAGGCCUGAAGGGGUUAAAAUUGACAUUAACUAAAUAAAACAUGCGACAACAAAAAUACACUUGGUAACACCAAAAUUAACCAUAAUAAACGAUACCAAAAUAGGUGCGCAAGCGAUUAGAUACACGAUCCUAAGCGUAUUUUAAUUUGUUCCAGGCAUGUCAGUAUUAAAGAUAAUUGAAUAACGAAAGCUACAUCAACAUACAUUGUUUUGCAAAAGCUGGACAUUUCUCGUCAAACAAUUUAUGACAUAAUUUUGCUUAUAACACCCACAUCACCACAUUGAUUACCAUUAACUAAACAGAGUUCCACGCAUACAAACACACCGCCUCUACGGAGCAAAUCAAGAAAAAGAACUAUUCAACUAAUCAUUUAUAAAAUAAAAAAAAACUAUCAGAAACACCCAACAGACAGACGAGUUGAGAACGGAAAAUAUUUCUGAAAUAUUUUGUUUACCAUAGCUGAAAGUUCCUUUUUGUUAAUUCUGUUGUUUAGUAUAAUUUUUAACUUAAAUUAUUAUUUUUUGUUUUAUUUUUAUUGUGACCAGCAAACAGACGAAUGUGCUAACAACUACCACUACUUGUUUUACACUUAGGCAAACAGGUUCAAACAGGCGCGCGUAACACGAGAAAUAGUUUAGGUAGGAGACAGAUAGGAAGGUGCAGAGGCAAACGGUAAAUAGCAACCAACACGCAUACAAAGCAAGCAAGUUCACGCAGUUACAAAAACAUAAACCAUCUGCGAAACGGGUGGAGAACGCAAGGAAACAAAAUAUAAAUAUAUUUAUUUUUCAUAUAUUUACAUGAUAAUUUCAGCAGAUUGAAAGUUACAAAAAGGCAGAAAAAAAGUAAAUACAAACAAUAUUGAAUAAAGCAGAACCAUACUGAACCGACAUGCAGAAAUACAUAUACAUUUUCUUAAGGAGUAACAAACACAGUUGAGCUACCAGCAGGUGGCAUAUUAUGAGGAAAAAAAUUGAGAAUUUUGUUUAUUCUGUACCAAGCAGCACAUCCUGAGGUUUGGAUAUGACAAAAAUGACAAACUGGAUCAUGCUUUAGGAUAUGAUUCCGUUACAAUAUGAACCCAUAAGCUCGUGUGUAAAAAGUAAAUGAUGUAAUAUUAAUGAAAAAUCAAUUAUUAUACUAAAUCUAUAUACAUAAACUAAGAAAUUAUUUUAGUACUAUUAUAAUAGUAAGUAUAUGCGCAAGGUAAACAAAAAAACAAUUAUAGCAAUAAUUAUCACUUAAAAUAUCUUGCAAAUAAAAAGAAAAUACAAAAAGAAUUAAACCAUAGGAUUUAAAGGUAAGAACAUAGAACAUAUUUAUAUGAAAAAAUAUACCUUUUAUACGAAAGCAUGAAAAACUGAAAAAAUAAACAUAUAACACUUAACAACAGUUACACACGCAUACAAAGGUAAACUAGUACAUGCGAUUCUCACUUUGGAUACACCGACACACUAUAAACACCCGCAAAACACGCACCGUCUACACACUCACACCAUCACGAGCAUCUCGUCUUAGGGCACCCUUUCGGCGAGGCACAUUAGGCACGUAACCAUCGAACCUGAUAUUUCAACUUUUUCUCCUCAGACCGAAAAACGUAUCAACAUUGAAAUUUGCUAAUAACAAAACUCUUUUUCUAUUAUAUAAAAUCCGGUCGCCAACACGACACCCCCCACACACACACACACUCUCAUACCCACACAACUCGCCACCCACGACGUUCUAUAAAUAAACCCGAACAGACUCGGUUAUUCGGCAAUCACAGAGAGGCGGUCGCGAGCUGCCUGCGCACGGCAGAGUAGCUUCCCAACCUUAAACACAUACACAUACACAAAAACAAAUUCGACUGAAAUCGAAACCUGUCUGGCGCGCCUGGUGAGAAUCAUACCCACGGAAUGAGAUAAGCGGAUGCGGUUAGAAGUUUGCAAACAGCAAGUUUUCGAUUUCUAGUCAAUUUGUAGCUUAGAGUGCCUCUAAAUAAAAGUAAAAAUGGAAAUAUAUAAAGUUGAAAUAGUUUUGAAACCAAUAUUAACAAAAGAAAAAUGAAAAAAUAAAUAAAUCGUAGAAAGCAGAAAAACAGAAAACCAUAGAUCGUAAGAUUGAUCAUAUUACAAACACACAAUAAAGCGAAGACGAGCGAAAAAAAACUGUUUGGAAUAAAACACCCAUACAUACAUACACUUAGCAGAGAGGAGAAGCGGUUCUGUGCAGAUUGCACACGAGCGCACUGUUCAAGAGAAGCUCAGUAGUAGAAACUCCCACAGUGUUAAGGCAGCAGACAAAAAAAAUGCUUCAGCGUUCAUGGCAACCCCUGAUGAUUGCAUUUUUUGACAUUUCGUGGCAGCGGCCGUGGAAGCGGUACCUUGCUCGGUGUCGCUUUUUCAGUUCGAUUAAAUUCGCAUAAGAUAAUACACAAUAAUCUGUGAUUUUGAUAAUAACAAAAUAAAACAUUAACGGAGAGAUGUUUGGAAGUUUUUACGGAAGAGAAAACCUUUUCGGAAGUCUAAAUUCGAAAUUUCGGAAAACCAAUAACAGUAUAAGUAAACGGAAAACGAUUGGCUGUAACAUUUUUAGGAACUGAACGCUUUAUUUGGCAUUUAUAUUUUCGGCAAACGAUACUAGUCAAAAUUCAAAAUUGUGUACCAAAAUUUUAGCUUUAUUGUUAUUAUCAUAAUUCAAUUCUGUUCAUUUUUUUAUACAAAUUUGGCAUAUUGUGUAAGAAAACAAAAACAUACUGAACUUUACCGAAAAAGUAAAGGUAAAAUUAUAUAAAAUCAAUAAAACAUAAGUUAAGACUCUGCGUUUAAAACAAAACAUGAAAACUGAGUAAAAAUUAGUUCGAUUUUGGAUGGCAUACAUUGUAAGUGUAAAACAUAUUUAAAGUAUAUAAAAUCUGAAAAGCGCAACGGCGACGACUGCACAGUAGACGAGUGAUUCCACAGGGUGGCUAGAGAACAAAAAAUGACGCGCACGCUGAAAAUGAGUUUUAGGCUAAUAAAAAAAGAUUGAUGAAAAAUGGUUGGCUUAUAAAAUGACAAGAAAUAGACAUGUUUCUCGCAUGGUAUCCGACUUUCUUCUACAUGUAUAGUGAGGCUUUUUUGUACCUUUUCGUUGAAUCUAAGAAUAGCUUACCGAAAAUACACCUCCCAGUUUAGUUGUAAUAGAGUUAAUUGUUAAACUCAUGGAAUCAACCAACAAUAAGCAGUACCAUUCGGAUCAGUUUCAGUUUUUCUUUCAGCGUAAAGUGCUACCAGUAUUUCAAAUCGCAAUACCACACAAACAUACUAACUCACACGAACACAUACAUACAACAUAGAACAAGAAGGAAUAAAGGAAAUAAUAGCUCAGGGCAACUCAAAUUCUUCCAUAAUAUAUCAAUAGAGAAACAAGACAAAACAAAACCAACACCUUAAACAAAACCGAACAAUUAAAACAAACCACAAACAAAAAUGGCAAAAAACGAAAGAAACAUGAGAAUCCGAUAGCAUUGUACAUUGUUCGAAAUGAAGCAAAAUAAAACAACAAAUCCGAUAGAGCAAUAAACAGAAUAUAUAUUUUUUAACAAUCCAUAGCCGACUGCAAGCAAACGGUUUGAAUUCACAAACUCCACAGAACCACGUAACAAAGGGUAAAACAAGCGAUUAGUGCUUGUUUCCUUCUAAUUCCCUAGCCCCGAAUGGAAGAUAGUUUUGUUACUUGUUCAAACACUCCAUCCACUAACCCAUAGAAAACACCCUCUCAAAUCAUAGCCUUAUGAAGGUUCACUGGUACAACUGGUAUACAGAGAAAGACAUAGAAGAAUGCAAUAGAACAAUUCAUCAUUGAAGUUAUCAACUGAACUACUAAAAAAACGGAAGAAUUUACAGCAACAACAACUCAAAUAACCUCCAAUCCUUAGUUUCCGAGAUGAGAAUGAUGCAACAUCAAGUGUUCUUUCAUAUUAAACGGCAACAAUGAAAUCUGCGAUAAUUACAGCGGGCAGAGCAAGAUACACAUACAUAUAUACUUGUUCAAAGACGAUAAUUGAUUAUUUGCAAUAGUUAUACUGAUGAACUGUGAGAGCGCAACAGGAGAAAACAAACGUAAACAAUAGAACUGGUGAUUUUUUUACAUAUACAACAUUACAAUUGUUAAGAAGCAAACAAACAAACAAUAGGCGUUAUAUAAAUAAAACGAAACAAAAAACUAACUCAAUCCUUAUUUGCACAGUGUACUACAAAUAUUACUAUAGUAACGAUGACAGGAAGUAAACGAAAGCGAGAGAUACAAAACUACACAAACAAUAGAUUUCAAAACCGGAAUAGGUUCGUUUUUACAACAAUAGCUAAAACAAAGUUACAGAAAAAAAACAAACAAACAAAUAACUCAUUCUCAUAUUAGUUAAUACAUUUGAUUUUAACAGCAGUGGACACUUGAUAACAAUGAUGCUCUAUUCCCUCUUUGAAAAAAACUGACAGCGGAAAGUAGUUCGAUAGUGUUAUAAAUAUGUGUUAACGGCGUUGAUUUUAUGGUAAAAAUACUCGACAUAUUAAUCUUUUGUUAAUUAUUUAUCUGUUAGUGACAUUCCAAUCGAGCACGAGGCUUGUCAGAAACAUUCAAUUCGAGAAAAAACUCUUCGAAUUCUUUUCGAACGAGUGCCUCUGACAGUUCUCGUGUUCGAUUGGAAUGAUACUGACAGAUAAAUUAUAAACAAAAAUUGAGAUGUCAGGGCCUCUUUGAUCUGUGCCGGGUUUUAUUGUUUGUAUUGCUUAUUGAUUUUAUCAGUUAGCACAGUUUGAUAGACCAUUGCACGAAAAUGUAUAACCUCACUUUUCUGACAGUUCACAGAGCUUGUUCACAUGGACUUCGAAUUCGAACCAAGUUUUUUGUACUGGGUGGAAUCAAAAAUAUUCUAACACCAUGUAAACAAGUUCGCUGAACGUCGAGCAUUUUUACUCAUAUGACGUCAUCUUGCAAUGUCCCAUGCAAAUGGUGGAUGGUAGUGUAUAUCGAUUUCUUUUUCGUUCAAUAAAGUGAACGAAGACCACAUUUGAGCGAAGUGUCAAAAUUGCAGCCAAGCGAACUGCCAAAAAGUGUAGCCGAGUGAACAUUUGGUGUUGUAAGAGAAAGUAAAGAGGGAUACCCAUACAAAGCUUAUGGGAUCUUCUGUGAUGCCAGUUUAUAUUCAUGAUGGCUGGUUUGACUGUUUUUGUCUUCCCAAGUUGUAAAGCUUCUGUAGUUUCUUCGUAGGGGCAUGAGUCAGCAUUUAGUCGAUACAGUUCAACUUUUGAAAUAUAACAACAUAUUUUUUUCAAUUCUUGAAAUUUUAGAGUGAUUUUUAUUUGACACUCUCGACCUUACUUGACAGUAGCUUCAGCCACAAGAUAGUUAACCCAACGAGGAGAUCGGGGUUGUAUGGAAGGUCUAGCCUUCCCCUAUUUUCAAUAACUUUACUGCUCUAUGCUGAAAACCAUAUAUAUCUUGCUGUUUUUCUAAUGUGAAAAAAUCUCAGGAAUGAAAAGGAACCUUUGCAACCUUUGUCCGAAUACGAGAAGUUGGUAUUCUAGAGCGAUUUGACAUUCAAAUUAAAUUUUGCCAAUUUCACGUGCAUAUAUCUCUAUUUCUCCUCAAUCAAUUUUCAUAAAACGUACCUUAUUGAACUUGUAAAAUUCUCAGGAACAAGAUUCCUCACCGAUAAAAUCCAAAAACAUUAUAUUUUUUGACAUUUAGUUUCUACUCCAGAUUUUUGUGUUUAAAUUCCACAUAUCAAAUCUAUUUAACAAUAAAUUAUUAUUUAAUUUGCUACUUCUAGUGUAAAAUACGCUUAGGGAAAGUUUCAUUUCUGGAAAAAUACGGGAAGUUGAAAUAUUAGGGCAUUGAAUGAAAAAAUGUGGUUUCUAGACUAAAUAUCAAAAAAUCUGAUGUCCCUGAAUUUUACCGGUAACGAAUCCAUUUUUUAUUUCUGAAAAUUUCCCACUUGGCCGUAUUUUUCAAGAAACGAGAAUAGCUCCAUUCAAAUACUAAGGUUAUUCUUUUUGAGAAAAACGUGCGAAUUGUAAUUUUCCGAGAGCUACUGGAUAAGUUAAAGCAUUUAGCAUAUUUUUCCUCCUUAUUUUCCCAUAGUACCAAUAUCAAAAACUACAAGCGAAGUGGGAUGGGGUCUAAAAUUGUCCAAAUGAUGUGAAAUUUGGCAUCUGAGCUAAAUUUGACAUUUAUCAUAAUAUGAAAGAAGGGACUUUGAAAAUUCUAAAAUGAGUGCUUUUUACAAAAAUUUCCUGGGAAUCUUAGCAUCAGCUGCAUCAAAUAAUUAUAAAGAUAGCUAUAAUUAAUAGCUUUUUUACCAGUUCUUGCUCUGUUGAAUACAGUUAUUUUUUAUAAUUAGAUAACACGUUAAAAUAACCUGAACGACGUAAAAAUAUACAAUUCUUGGCAAUAAGCAAUAACUUUUAUUAUGGCAGAUUUUAAAGCAAAAAAUAAGACUUAAUCUCCAACAAUUUAAUUCAUGAUCAAACGGAAAUGAUUCUUUUGACUUUCCCAAAACUAGCAAGCAAUUCACAAAAAAACGAUUAAAAGGUCAAAUGUGGUUAACAGAUCGAUUAAAAAGUCUAGAAAGUCGUUGACGCAGAGUUUGUCUAGACACGUUGAAAUCGAAAGCUGAAGCAACCUGGUUGAAAAUCCUUUGUAGACCAAUGAUGACUCCAUUCAUAGGGAACAGUAGGGAGGUGUGAACACCGCCCAUAUCCGUUAAGCUAUACAUGAUAAAAAUUUAGUAACUACUGUCAAAUAUUUCUAUUGCUACGACAACACUUUUUCUAUUGGCAAAUGUUGCAUCAAUUUAUGUUAUUCAUGCUUGUAUAAUUAGUAACAUAAAAUACCACAUAAAGUGUUUUUUACUAAUAUGUAUUUGUGAUAUGCAGCGUCCCGUUUUGCAGCCACCAAAGUAAACCAGUGUAAAACAUUCGUUGGAUAAUUGCUUUUCCUUGCACAAAAAAUAGAUGAAUUCAGUGAAGACCUGAUUUUAUCAGAAUCUAAUUUUAUCAGUGCCCGAUUUCCCCGAUUUUAUAUUAGCUUUUUGACCCGAUUUUGUCAGCCUUAUAUGAAAAUCGAUAGUUGGUAGAUUGAUGGGCUCUAGCAGACGAACCAAGUUGAUUUCCAGUAAAGCCUUUCUUGAGCACAUUUUUCUCAUUUUAUAUAUCCUAAAUAUGCAAAAAAAAUUUUUUUUUAUUUUUCCCUGUUAGGCCCCCUUAAUGGAAAUUUAAACUAGAUAAUCAGAAAAGGUUUUUUAAGAGCAUCGGUUUAUUAAAAAGAAAGAAAAAAAAUGUUCUGAUUUUGUCAAUGUCCCCGUUUUAUCAGCCUUGAAUUCCCCAAAGGUCUGAUAAAAAGGGGUCUUUACAGUAUUCCAUUUUUUCCCAUUCUUUGCGAUGGGUCACAACUCCCCACUAAAAUAAAAAUGCCGAUUCCACGUAUUUCAUGCAAUUUGCUAUAUCUUAAACACGAUUACUAUUAUUUUAAAUUGGUUUAGAUUUUGGAUGUAUUAAGCUAUCCUGUACUCACAACUUUCCACUGUCCCCUACUAUAAAUGGUAAUCGAAACAUUAUCUUUUUGCGUAAUAUUCAUUGUGCUACACUUAUGUUGAUUUCUUCCAUAAUAGCUAGGGCAUCUAUACGAACCUGCAAAGUGUCGGCUAUGAACAAAGCUAUAGCUGUAUUCCUUCGAACAUACAGCGGCUCCAGUCAAAUCAGCUGACGCCACGCUUCAUAACUAGGUAGUCGGCCAGGAUCUCUCCACGGUAAUCUACGGAGCGCGAAACGUAAAAAACGACGCUGUACGCUUUCAAUUCUCUCGACGCCGUUAUUGUAGUUUGGGCUCCUCGCUCCAUAUUAUAGGAUGGACCGAGAUGUAGAACAGUCGAGCGAGUUGAGACAAUAAACACUUCUUCGGGUUCACAUACACUGCUGGUCAAUAAAAUAGGUGUGAGAUAAAAGUACAUGAAAUUCUGAGUUUUCUCUAAAAAUAUGUUCAUAUUCAAAUAUUUUAUAGUUAGGCACAGUCGUAAAUAUGAAAAAGAAUACUUUUAUUUGUAAAUUAAAUGUUAUGCUUUUUUGUAACUCUUUCUUCUCCAUGAAAUCCAAAAAAGUACCUGGUCAAUGAAAUAGGUGUAUUGUAAUCCAUUGCAUUAAAAUUUUUCAAAUCCAAUGAUUUUAAGACUUCAACAUUUUUAACAACUAGUAACCUGUGUAAACUCCCUUAUUCAACCAAAUUUUAUCCAUUUGUCUUGGCAUUGAGUCAUUCAAACGCUGAUAAAUUUCCGUUGGUAUAGGGUAGCAUUCCUUUUAAGCUGCUUCCCUCAAACGAUCCUUAUUUGUGAAAUUUCGAUCGAAUAACUUCUUUUUAAGUACAUUACGUAAAUUUUCUACGGGAUUGAUGACAGGAAAUUGGCAUGGUCCGAAAUUAUAGUCACUUUAUUAUCCCGAAGUCAUUCCUUUACAUACUUCGAUGUGUGUUUUUGGUCAAUAUCUUGCUGAAACUGUCAUGUAAAGGCACAUUAUCUUUGGCAUAGGACUGCAUGACAUCCUUUAGGAUGUCCAUCCUUUAGCCUUGCAUUCGAAUCUUGCCAUUAUAGUGGCGUUGCAAAGAUUAGGACCUGCGCCAUUCCACGAAAAGCAAGCCCCAAACCUCAUUAUUCUCGCCUCCGUGCUUUACCAUAUUUUGCGUGUUGCAGAUCAAACUGUUUGCACUUUGGACGUUUAACGUUUCGUUGUGCAUCGGAGGAAAACAGGUUUACCUUUGAUUCGUCCCUCCGAAGCAUAUGUCGCAAUUUUUUGAUUCCUUCUGAACCAGGCCCAUUAACGCUGUUGAAAAGCAAAUUGCAUUUUUCUUUAAAGGCUUUGGCUUCGAAAUAGUGGAACCUUCUUAGCAAUUCUUUCUGGAGGUUUGAAAUUUUACGGCCUACAGCGAACUGUUCUCGGACCUACCACUUUUCCAAUUUGUGCUGAAUUGGUCUUGGAUGACGCGAAAGGAUCAGAUUUAGCUAAAAUUGCAAUACGAAGGUCAGCUGCUGUAGACGUCUUCUUGGGUUGUGUGCAUGUUUCCUUUUUUCAAAGGUUUUAAGGCAUUUGUAACGAAGUUUUCGGCACGCCGCAGUGUAUUCGCGAUUUAUUUAUACGUCUUAACUUCUUGAACAACAUUUUUUAGCAAAACUCGUUCCACUUGAGUGCAGUGAGAUGCUCGACCCAUUCUAUAACAAAUCUUUGACUUAUUCAACAUUUAAGUACAUUUACUAACACGCUGAAUUCAAACUUCACCAAAUAAAACGUAUAAUGGAAUUAUGUAAAAUAAUAACACGUUAAUAUAUUUCACACACCUAUUAUAUUGACCAGGCGAGAAAGCCUGUGGUAGUCUUGUUUUGCAUCUUGACAAAGAUUGCAAAUAUAAUCAGCGCCAACAACCCACUAGUAACUUGACAGAUCCCAAGGCUUCUGUGUGCGGUAGGUGUGAUAGAGACUGCUGCAACUUGGUAUGCGUAAUUGAGAGAAAAACAAAAUAAUCUAUCACACACCUAUUUUAUUGGCCAGCAGUGUACAUGCGGUUCGCGUUACACCAAUCAGCAAAAACUUGAAGCUGCUGUCGGAGAAGUCUUAAAUCUUCAAAUUAGGCGAAAAAUCUUGAGAUCAGUUGCGAAAGACAAUCGUGUAGUUUUCAGAAUUAUAUGUAUAUCAUUGAAGUAUACCAGAAACAUCAACGAUUCCAAGUGGCUUCCUUUAGGUAUUCCUGGCGUAGAAGUGAAUGUAGGAGCCUGGCAAUCUCCUAUAACAUCCGCUAUCUUUCGGUCUGUUUGGAAGGGUUUAAACCACUGCGAAACACCACGUUUUAUGCCAAUAUGGGAUUCCCUAACUGACUUGCCAUUAUAGGCAGAUAACAUGUUACAAAAGUGUCCGAAUCAAUUGUACCUAGAAACGAGUUGUUUGUUUAUCCAUAUGUGUCGUUUCAACCGGUCGACGCGAUUGAAAGUUGCUCUAGCUUUGCACAAUUUCAAUCCUAAAUGAUUGAUUGAUUUUUUUUUUAUUUAUUAGGGAGUGAAUUUGAAUUGUGAAUUCAUUCGUCACUCCUAAAUUUCGGUUUCGGCAUUUGUUUGUACAGUUCUGUGUCUUUCAGAAAACACAUAACCUGUUCUUCCUUCACGGAGUCGUUACUCAGUGCGUCUCGAAUGAAUUCGUCGAUUUGGUAAGUUUCCCUUAACCCACUAUAAUUGGGACAUCCUGUAAUGAAGUGCUCGACAGUGAGCGGUACGUCACACAUUUGGCAAUCAGUGCAGUUGCCCCCCUGGUAUAGCCCCUUUGUGGAUCAACAUUGAGUGCCCGGUUCUAAGCCUUCAGAGAACUUGUUGCUCUCUUCUUGAGUUUGCGAUCAUUCCAUUGUUUUAGAUUUCCUUUUAUUUUUCGGAGGAAUAGGGCCCGUUCGGUUCUCCAUCUAUCUUCUACUUUAUUCCAUAUUACAUCGGCAAUGUUGCGCUUGAUGUCCGGUCCUGGAACUUUGUUGGUUAGCAUUGUGCUUCUUCGGCCGAGUGCUGCGAGGCGGUCUGCUUCGUUGUUACAUUUGAUCCUACAAUGUCCUGGGAUCCAACAGAACGUUAUUUUUCUUUGCUAGCGUUCUCUGUCGCAUCUGGGUCCAUGGGUGUUUUGAAGAAUCUUUUUUCCAGAGCAGAGAGAGCGCUAACUGAGUCAGUAAAGACCACUAUCGGGUUGUUUGGGUUUGUCGUUCGUCGUGCAAUAGCUGAGUGGAUGACUAUUGCUUCAGCUGAAAAGAUAGUGUGAGUAUUAGGUAGGUGCCGUGAUUUCGAUGCCAUACUUACUGUUUCCGACUGGCAGAAGCGAGUGCCUGUUUCCGUUUGUGUGUCUGGUUUUUAAGAGAUGGCUUCUGGUUUGUACAACAGCUUUCACCCUCGGAACGAAAACUCCCGUUCGAUGGUAACACCAAUAAUUUUCGCACUUCAACGCCGCCUACCGUUAUUUUUUGCUGCCAUGGGUGGUGUCGUUGUUUGCAUACAUGGGUUGUGCUGCUUUUCUCUUCAGCCAUGCUGAAGCCGAUUUUAUUGGCCCACUCGAUUACCUUAUUGCUGUUUGUGCAUAGUUUUGUUUUCGUCCUACGGGCAUAGGGACCUGUGUCGCACAUGUAUACGCCUUUUGGGAGAUGUCGGAACACGCCGUUGAUACCGAUGAGAAAAAAUGUGACUGUGAGUACUGCUCUUGGGAUACACCGUUUUCUUCUUUAUAUGUUGAGGACAGUGAACUUCCGACUGCCAUCUGGAAUUUAAAGUCGUCCUAUAAACCCCCAGUUUUGGAGCUGUUUUAUUCUAGUUGCAGUUGAAAAUCUGAAUAGUGAACUUGCGCCUUUCGAUUUUCUCCUAUUUUCAGCGGGCGCAACUAAAGCGCAACAGGUGUAGAGGAUGGGCAAGUUGAUGCUCUAACAUAUACACAAGAUGAGCAUUAGUUGCCCACUCGAUAAUGUAACCCAGGGCCGAUAGGUAGGAACCGUUUCCUCUUCCUUUUCUGAAGGCGAAUUGCCUCUGAUAGAGCAGAUCAUUUUCUUCUGGAAUUGCAGUGAGUCUCCAGGUGAUCAUUUGUGUGUCGGUAUCCCAUUGGUGCAUCGCUACCUUUCUCUGCCUUUGGAAUAGGUAGGACCCACAUUUUGUUGAUUGCUUUCAACAGGGAUGUUUUACCGGAUAAUGGGAUAAUGGUUUCUUAACAUUGGGUAUCCAACAUUGUCAGGUCCUGUCGACUUCCCACUUUAUUUGGCGAUAGCGUGUAGCAGCUCUCUCACUGAAAAGUCCGUGUUUCAGUCCGAUAGCUGGUAUGUGGAUUCAUCGUUGAACUGUAUGGGCUGGGUUUCCUCUUUCGUUUUGAUCCUUUUUAAAGUUAUCAAUGUACCCUUUGGUAUCUGAUAACUGAGAGAAGUAUUCACCGAGGAUAUUAUAGGAGGAUAUAUCCUCCACAUCUCUGGUACUGACGCUUUAUUGUCAAUGCCGUCUAGGAACUUCUUUCAGCUGGUUCUUUUAGCUUCACGAAUUACUUGGCGGCAUUCGUUACGUGCAUCACGGAAGUUUCGUGCUCGUACUUCUGCGAGGGGGUAGUUCACCGUUUUUUGAGUUGACUGUGGGCUUUUCUUCCUUUUUUAACGGAAUCGUUGACUGUGGGACUCCACCAGUGGACGGCUUUUUACCUGGUUUUAUCGAGGAUUGCGGUAUGCUUGUCAUUGCUGCAGUGUCCAUUAUUUCACCUAGUUUUUCAAGCGAUAAAGGUGUAUCCUGACAUAAAUUUUGGUCAAGGUGGUAUAUUGUCGCCAGUCGGCUUCUUCCAAUUUCCAUCUCCGUCAUCUUGUUGUCAUAGGUGGUUCAUCAUUUUCUGUGAUGGUGAUCGGAAAAUGGUCGCUCACAUGUGCGUCUUUUUAUGGAUUGCUUGUGCGAUAGUUUGGUAUACGCUUUCACCUGAUUUCUGAAGCCAUGUGUAAUUUCCGGCCCACUGGUUAUAUAUCGUCAUGCAGACUGGUGAAAUGAAUGUGAUGAGUAGGUGUAGAUCACUCCAUUUGCCGUACAGUACGUUCAUGUUGCAUUGGAUUACAAGUUUGCGUCAGUUUUGAAUUUCAUCAGAGACAUCCGUUAUACUAGAAGAUCUAGAGGAAAGGUUGUCGCAUGUCUGGUACGUCGAAUCCCGGGGUGUUUGGACUUCUGCCAUACCCGCAUCGUUUUUUCGGUUUUCAUUCGCAGUAAAAUAAUUGUCUGUAACCUGUCGAAUGGUUCCGCAAAGAGCGUGUGUAUCAGUUUUGCCACCUGAGUCUCUUGUCUUGUUUGGUUGAUGCAUGGCCCGUAGGUGGUAAUCCGUUCGAGGGAAGGUAUUUUCACCCUUGUGCAUCACGAGGAGGAGCGCCGGUUGUCCGUCAGUUCCGGUUGAGGUGUAACGUACGCACUGACGGGACUGCGGCACCUCCUAGAGAUUUUUGUGUUCAUGAUUUUAUCGAUUAUUGGUCGAGAAUGUGGUGAGACUGCCGUUGCAGAAGAAGGUACGGGGAACGAGACAGCUGUCGUGUGGGAAGAACUAAAAUUUCUUGCAAUGCUUGUCUUUUCUGGCCGAGACGUUUGGGCGAUGUUCUCCGAGGUGCUCACAUAGACAGAAGCGUUAUUGCCAGUAGUGUAUGCGGUCGGUUGUUUGUUAUCUGUUUACGUGUGGGUGAGGGAAGUAGGCGAGGCACAAAUCCCCGACUACAUACGGGGAACGUGCCAUUUAAGCCAAUAUAUUCUGAGGGAAGUAGUUGGUUGGGAACGGAUGGAGUAUGGAAUAACGGAUGGCACCAGGAGAUCCGCACAUUCGGAGAUUGAGGGGCGGUGCUUUCAUCGAGUGGAGUGGGUCUUGCUUGCUUUGUGUGCUUGAAGGUAUAGUGUUCAUUACUUCGAGAUAGUAGUGUGAUGAUCAUCAUCCGGUGUUCUGCAUCGGCCGGGGUCCUGGCUAUCAUAUGGUUUGUUGAGCGAAUCCGCGGGUUUAUCUGGUAGCAUUUAUUGGAUUGAACUUUUCCCCUGGAGUUAAUGGGGUUUGUGUCUCUUGUGGCUGACGUGUUCUCGAGCUAUGAUAAGAUAAUGGUGUAUCUUCUUCCUCCAUUCUUUCCUCGUUAGUUUGAAAAACACUGCAUUCAGUUUUUUGACAUUAAAAAUGUCUUACUCCACUAUCUGGGGCUAGGUGUCAUUCUAAAAUCUAAACUAUCUCCCAUGUAACGAAACUAUGUAAGGUUUGCGCGCUUAUAACUCCGAUAUUACUAGAUGGAUUUUAAUCAUUCAUACACCAACCGAUUCAGAAACACCUAACUUAAAUAUUGGUAAUAAUUUAAUAUCUCCCCAAUAAAAGUAGACUUUUGGAAAUUGGUAAAAUUAAAAAGUUCACAAAAAACGGGAAAAAUACCAUUCGCGAGGCAGAUUUCUCAGACACAGCCGUCAAAAGAGGGCAGCUUAGUUGCUCAAUGAAACACGAAAAGUCAUAAAUAGAAGCAACGCAUAUCCGUUUAAAUCAGUUGUUGCUCUUAUCCCACACGAGCAACGUCGUCUCCGGGCGAUGCAAUAAGCGCUAUCGAUUUUCGGUAACGUUGGCAUUUGCACACACUCGCACCUAAGUGACUAAACCAUAUACGGUUAGUUUAUAAAUAGAGGUGACGCCCGUUUGAAUCAGUUUUUGUUCUUAUGUCGAACGGGUAAGAUCAUGGCUGCAGCGUCUGGGCACUACAAUAAGCGGUAGACGCUAUGCAUUUUCGGCAGCGGUGGCCGUGUGCGGAUUUGUCGGGUACCAGCAUGGUGUCACAGAAUGAUUUGCAAAGUGGGUGGGCGGGGUGGUUUGGAUUUAAUUCAAUACGGUGUGUGCUGCUUAAGAGUGUUGCGUUUGAAAAAAAUAUAUUUAUUUUUAUGCAUGCGUGUGCGUUGUAACUUGUUAAUCCAUGUUUACGGCGCUUUGUAGCUGCGUAGGGUAAAGAGCCAAUUGGUUUUCAUGUUUCAUAUUUCGGUUAUAUGUUUUUUUAUCAGUAAGGCAUCUGACAACGUGCUUCUGUAGUUAUUGCACUGUUCAGCAGCGUAGUAUUUUAUAUAGGAGAGUACACUCAGGUUUUUUACGCGGAUUUUGAAAUUUACGCGGUUUUCAUUAACGCGUUUUUUUAAAUUUACGCGGUUUUCAUUAACGCGUUUUUUUAAAUUUACGCGGUUUUCAUUUACACGGCCUGUAUCCCCUGCGUGAAAAAUCUGAGUGUAAUUGCAUCGGAAACAAUCACAUUCCCAGCAGAACUUUUUGUUUUCUAAUUUCAAACACUUUUGUUUCGUACUGCACACAACGGAAAAUUUUAAAACAGAACUUACCGUCCCAGCAGCAGUUGAAGCGGGUGUUCUUUUUCGAUUCAAAUUCAAGCCAUGUCUUAAGCGUUACUGGACUUAAAAUUGUUUUCCCAGUUUAACCAGUCAGAAUAUCUGUCCUACCCUAUUUAUUUAAAACACAGUUCUAAUUGCGUUUUAAGGUAUACAACAAAUACGGUUGGGUAUACUAAUUUAAAUUUUAAAAUAAAUCUGUUUUAAAUUAUGAAACAAACCGCUGUACUGAAGAUAUAAUUAUGUCAGUCCUAUUACCACAUAAAACACCUAUAUAACAUAAAACGCUGCAGAAUUGGUUUAAUAAUACAAUGUUUACACCACAGAGUUAUAACACGUUUUAAUAAUUAGCAACAAGAAAGAUAGCAUAAAAACCCGUUUUAACUGGUAGUGCGAACGUUGCAUAACAAUGUAAUUUAUCAAAUAAUUUCAUUUUUCCACCACUAAUCGAUCAAGAAAUACUUACACUUAAGAUUGUUUACUUAAGUUCAUUAGUACAUUAUUGAAAAUUUAAAUGGAAAAUGAAAUCUCAUAUUUUAUGGAGAAUCUGUAUAUUUCCGUUGGCGGGCGUGGGUUUCCUCAUCACAGCUCUCAAUAUGGAACUUUUCUUUUGAAUAUAUUUUCUGGACAGACCAGCCUAUUUUUACUAGAUGGAUCAGCCAAAUAAUGCCAAUCACCUAGUGAGAUACUUGAUUAAUUAAUAGAUUACCGUUAAAAGACCUUCAAUAAAUUAUGUUUUAAUGGGGAGGGUAUAUAGCAAAUUGUAACAUAUGAAAACAGGCGAGUGAACAAGAACGUGUGUCGAUAUGUGUGAUAGAUAAAAAAGCUAUAUUUUUAAUGUCACCGUGGUCGUGUCCUGUACACAACCCUUUAAUUUUUUUUUAUAAAUUUCCGGGUGUUGUCCGAUGUGGUCUGUAUUUCCGACAUUUUCUUACGAUUUCAAAUUCAAUUUUCAGUGCGGCGUUUCUUUUACUAAAGCCCGGUAUCCAUUUUCUGCAGUUCAUUGUGGGUUCGCUUGAGUUCAUCAUCUUUAGUCUUGGUCUCUUCAAACUAUUUUUUUCCAUGGCGUCCAUCUGUUUCCUUAUUAUUUUCGAUUCGAUCGAACAUUCUCUGUCUGCUAGGCCCCCGUCACAGUUCCUGUAAUAAUUAGGUUUACCGAAAUGUUGUCCCUCAGGGAAAUCGUGUGUACUUGAGCAGUUUAGACAAAUUUGUUGCUCGUGACAGUUUUUCCGAGAAUUGUUUACGAGUGUUAUGUCUGUUAGUCUGUGCUAUUAUGGCCAAUGCACAUAUUAGAGAACAACCUAAAACUAAACAAAAAGAUUAGAAAUUAAAUGAAACCUACCCUCACUAUCGAACAACUUUUCUCGCGCCAGUACAAGAGAACAGAUCCACAACAAAACAUACCAACAGUACAUCCCUCCCAAAAUCUAACCCCCAUGCAGCCCAUAGAAGAAGAAAACACCCAACAACUAAAAAUACUAAAUAUAAUUUGAGUGCCAAGCUGAAUACAGAACAGAAUAAACAUGAAACUGAUUUUUUUUAUAAAUAAAUUUCAUCAAGCUGCGCGGAAUAACAAACAAGGUAGUACAGUGAACGAAUGCUGUAGGUCUGAAAAACAACAACCGAAGAAGCGAACAAUUUUGGAAGAAAAAACCCCUACCCCGCAACCACACACUCACACACACAAAUACGCGCGCUCAUACAGACUAACGUAUAUCCCCAUCAUCACUGAUGUGUAUGAAAAGUGGGAACCAUUCUUUCGGAAAACGAGAAACAAAAAAUUGUCAUUUUUGAAAAAUAAAAACGAAGGAAAUGAAAGAUGUUAAGUGAAAGAAUAAGAAUGCAAGAUAGAUUCAAACAUACAACAGAAGAAAAGCAUAAAUUUAUUAUUAACGGUAAAAAUAAUAAAUUAGCAGAUAAUGAUAAAAAAAUAUUAAAAUACACACACACUGUAGUGCCUGUCCCCAAAAAAUCAAAGAUAUAACAUUAACGGAAGAAGCAAACAGAAGAAAAAAAACAGAUGAGUUAUUGCGCAAACAACCAUGAGAUUGGACUCUUGCGCGGACUGCGACAGCGAAUGGCAAGUUGAGAAGAAUGAAAAUAAAGAGAAAGCAAUCUACGCUUUCGUUGGAGACUAUUUUCUCCUCGUUUAUGUUUGCUAGUGUUUAGGUUUACCAAGGUUAAAAGCUAAGAUUUGCCUCGUUUAGUUCGUCUUCUUCUUCCCUUUGUUUCGUACGACAGUUAGCAGUAAAUCAGAUAUAGUUGAGAAAACAUAAGCAAACUACAAAAUACUUUAGCUUAUUGACUUACCAGCUAAGGAAAGUAAAAACAAAGUUGAUAAAGCAGCAACAGAAGAUGAUGAUACAACGUUAGUUAUUAGCGAAACGUCAAAAAGUGAAACUUGUAUAGGAAUCGUCACCUGUGUUUUCUUCAUACAGAUUACCUUCUUUUACUUUUUUCGAAAAGUUAGAAAAUUAUUCGUCUGGUUCAGAUUGAUCCAAGCGAGUAUACUUAAAGAAGAAAAAGCGAAAAAUACACAGAAACAUCGCUUUUUGUUAAAUUAAGCAUAUUUAAUCCGAAUUGAAGCGCCAGCGAAGAGAGGUGAAAUCGAUUUUACUUAGUAUCAUAAAGCAUAACAACUAUGAGGAACAUCGUUUUGAUGCAAAAAUGUAGAUAAAGUGCAAGAAAAAAAAACAAAAAUAUAAAAAAUAUAUUUUUCAACCUUUCACACACAAAACGGAAGAAAACAAGUUGUUUCAUUUGUUCACCAUUUCUAAUUUUUACGUAAAGGCAGAUAGCAGCAGAAUUAUACAGAAGCAAAACAAUUGAAAUUGAUGUUAUGUUAAAGUUUCUCUUAAAGUAAGACAGGUUAAGCAAACAAUACAAAACUGGAUUAUUUACAGCAGUUCUAAUUAUUGAUUUAUUUACACAUACAGAAUCAGAUACUGAAAGCAAAUAGACACACGCUGAGAGCAAAAUAGUUACUUGUUAGCUCCUCUCCGUGUUGGAUCCCCCCUCGAACAAUGGAAACUCCUCAACAAUAACACACACAAACACAUCUUCGAACAAGUAGAAGAGAGAAAAAUACGAGAAUUGAAUACAUACUUAUUCAUAUGAAACAGCUGAACUAGACGUAACGUCAGUUUCAAUUAGUUUUUUAUGGAAACAAAUCGUACAGAUUCAUAUGAAAAAAAUAACUAUAUCACUCUCUUUUUGGGUUUCAAGCAUGUCCAUUUGAGUUUCACUAUGUUACAAGUAGAAGUUCUCGAAAAGAUAAACACACUAGAAAUGACCAAAAUUUACUUCCAAUGCUUUGAAGCGAUGUAAAAUAUUGAGAAAAAUAAAAAUACAAGAAACUUUUAGCUGCCUUUAGACCCAAAAUCUUGAAUGAUACACUCACACGUACACUCUCACAAGUUAAUGAUUUCCUUUUUAUGUUAGAUUACGAAAAAAAAGUAUAUUACCAGCACAUGGAUAACUAAAAAUUAAAUGGACAUGUAAUCAGUAAAAAAAA